ACUCGCUGAACGGAGCAUGCGUGCUGCGCUACGUUCUACUUAAAAUACCGAGCACACGCGAUAAACGUGCCCAGUUCGCCGCGCGUUUUCGUACCAUCCUCUCUGACACGUUGAGUGGUUUUCGUGAACACGUGGAUCUAUUCAAUUGAAACAAUAGAAUCGUCGGGCUCGAAUGUGACGAAUAAUUUCAUUUAAAAAAAUUUAUUCUUUUGGAAGAAUGAAAUAUAUCGGAGCCCUCGACGUCGGGACCACCACUGUACGUUUUCACAUCGUCGACGAACAAGCAACCACCGUCGCCUCUUCUGUCGAAAAGGUGCAACUACUAUACCCAAAUCCUGGCCACGUGGAAAUAGAUCCAGACGAAUUAUGGAGGAUUAUAGUGGACGUAAUUAAAAACACUCUGAAAGACAGUGGGAUAAAAGCAGAAUCGAUUGUUUCCCUUGGAAUAUCUACGCAACGAGGCAGCUUCACGACAUGGAACUUGAAAGACGGAAGGCACUAUCACAAUUUUAUAACAUGGAAGGACGUGCGUGCCGAUUCAAUGGUGAAAGAAUGGAACUCCUCGAUAUCCAUGAAAGGAUUGAGAUUAGGAUCGCAAAUUUUGUACACGCUUACCAGGAGGAAGCGAUUUUUGGCCGCUAGCGUUUUUAAAUUUAUGAACACACAGAUGACUCUGAAGUUAUUAUGGGCGUUACAACACGUGCCAGGUUUGCAAGAGGCAACGAAUAAUGGAAAUGCUGUUUUCGGAGGCCUUGAUUGCUGGCUUUUGUAUAAACUCACCGGAAGACACGUGACGGAUGCAUCCAGUGCAUCAGCCACCGGACUUUUCGAUCCAUUCACGAUGAGUUGGUCCAGUGUACUGAUAAACCUACUGAAACUUCCGUGUAAUAUCUUUCCGGAAGUGCUAGACACAACAGGAAACUUUGGCGUCACUCCAAAAGAGAUAUUCGACGUCGAAAUUCCGGUACUUUGUUCAAUGGCAGAUCAAUCGGCUUCCCUGUUUGGUUCAGGAUGCAUUCAACCAGGAGAUUUGAAAAUAACAAUGGGAACUGGUACCUUUCUGAAUGUUAACACUGGAGCAAAACCACAUGCAUCUAUCUCAGGAUUAUAUCCUCUAGUUGGAUGGCGAAUUGACAACGAAGUAGUAUAUGCAGUGGAAGGUGCAUCGAAUGACACAGGUGUUCUGGUCGAAUGGGCAAAAAAGAUAGGUAUUAUUAAUACUGCUGAUGAGACAGCAAGUAUUGCUAAUUCAGUAGACGACUCUGAUGGAGUGUAUUUUGUUCCUGCGUUUAGUGGACUGCAAGCUCCUAUAAAUGAUUAUUCAGCAGCCACUGGUUUCAUUGGUAUAAAACCAACGACAGAGAAGAAUCAUAUUGUUAGAUCGUUAUUGGAAAGUAUCGUUUACAGGAUAUUACUCCUUUACGAGUCCCUCUGUGCAGAAACCUGUUUCACUUAUCAUAGAAUACGCGUCGACGGCGGAGUGUCUAGGAACGAUUUUAUAUUACAAUUAUUGGCCGAUUUAACAGGCUUAGAAGUGGAACGAGCGACCAGCAUAGAAAUGUCUGUUUUAGGCGUUUCUUUCCUAGCUGGUUUGCAAUGCGGAGUUUGGACGGACCAAGAAGACGUUCUGAAACUUCGAAAGACAGAGAAAAUAUUUAUACCAAAUGAAGAGAACAGAUUAAAAUACCAGCCAAUAAUUGCUCAAUGGAAACGAGCUUUGCAGAGACUCAGCCAAUGGUAUUAAAUUUAUUGCCAAUAAAUUGAGACUUGAUUUUCUCUACGAAACAUAUCAAUUGUAAUAUCAUUAGGUAAACGAAAGUGAUUUGGUAAUAAUUGUAAAUAAAGAUGGUAUUUUUGUUAAAAA